AUGCAAUUCAAGAACGCUGUCCUCGCCUCUCUCCCAGCCCUGGCUCUAGCUGCACCCACCGGCUCUUCAGGCCAGAACCCAGAUGCCCCCGCCACCUUCCCGGCACCAGCCUAUGGCUUGAUCGUUGGUACUGACGUCCAACCAUUCCACUUCGAGUCCUUCAACGCCAACAGCGGCAAAUUCUGGCUCAACUUGCCACAAACUGCCUCUUCUUGCCCCUUCACUGGCACUGCUCAAGCAAGCAACUGCCCGCCGGGCAAUGACACCGCCUUCGUCGGCAAUGGUGCUCUGGCCGUUGCAGUUCCCGGAGGCCAACAAGUCUACGUAGCCGAGAGUGGCGCGCUCAUGUUCACUCAAGCUCACUCCGCUGUCAUUCCCAACGGCGCAGUCACCGAUCCUUUCAUCUACUCCCUGGAGCAGGGAGCCCAAUACGGAUCGGUCAGCACCAACGCUUUCGGCGCGGACGGUUUCAUGGCCUGCCCUACCGCCGGCAGCAUUGCUUACCAGGUCUUCGCCAACAUCGACUGUGCGGAAGUUCCAUUGGGCAAUGUUGACGACUGUGUCCCAGUGGUGCCGCUUGCUGUUCCCUACACUCAGGGCCAAGCUGCUGCCUGGCAGUACAACUAA